UUCAAUCUACCCGGACUGGCGGGGAUCAGCCCCCCAGAUUGGCGGCGAUAUGGCCGGCAACCUUCCCAGCGGCUCGGACAUGGCCAGUCUGCUGGCGUUCGCCACGAACCAUCAAAUGGAGCGUGAGAAUUCGCUGGAGACGAGCGUGGCCGGUCCCCUGCAUCCACUGUCCGUAUUGAGACCCAUUUCAACGGGGGAUCCGGAUCGGGAUGCCGAACAUAUCACUGGUUUGUCGCUGGCCGACCCGCUGCGCCGUAUCAAGCAGAAAAAUCCGGUAUUGUACGUCGAGCUGAAGCGGCGGUUGUCUACCAUUGUAUUUGACGCGGAAAUGGAUACGGUACAGGCCGACUCGCAGGAGCCGCGCACGCCCACCGAAAGCGACGACCGUAUGGAG